AUGGUCAUUUUGUUCCUGUUUGACGUUGUACAUUCCAAUCACCGUCAUCUGCUCCCGCCGGCUGCCGACACCCGUGGAUUGACACGAUGCCGCACGACCUGCCGCACGACCUGUCAACGCCUUUCAUGGGUUGUGUCUAUCAACACUCCUGAACACAACCCCGCUGUCAGGACUGCUGGCAGUCUUGACACUUGCCACAUGGUUUGUUUGUACUUCACAAGCCAUGGUGCCACCCAAGAGAUUAGAUUAGACGGAAUGGUGGUCGUAGCAUCAGUAUUGCCUCCGAACAAUCUCUAUGUAACAGGUUUGUUGCCUGCUAUCGACAAAUCACCACGUUCAUCCAUCCCCCUUCUCACCCCUGCCAGGCACACAGCAUUCUUCGGUGACAAUUUGGCCAUAUAUUUACACUUUGUUCUGUGUACCUCAUCGCUACACUCUCAACUACAUCAAGUCAACGCAAAAAGCGCAACCUCUAGAAUGCGUCUCAGCCCCAUCAUUCUUGCUGCGACAGCCUUGAUCACAGCCUCAGCUGUUCCGCUCCCUCUCCACGACACCAAUACGCAACGACUCCCAGAUCAUCCGACUUUCACCCAUCAUCCAGACUACCCAGCCACAGACAUAGUCCAGAAACACAAGUAUGUUCCAGAGAUUGUGGAGCCUAUACUACGGCUGUGCGGUCGAAGCCUCGGGUACCAGGACACAGCUCUCUUAUCGCUGAGAGAGAUGAACUCAGUUUCGUAA